UAUCUAAUAAGCGAGUACUAGCUAAGACACAAAUACUCAAAAAAAUGAUUUUUAGAGCGAGAAGCUCCGGCAUCUAUCCAACUUCCAUCAUUCAUCUUCUCUCCUGAAGCUUGUACGGAAUCCUAAUGCCGCCGGCAGAGGGUCGCGAGGUUGCGACCGGAAAACCUAGGGCUUCCUAUGCAGCAGCGGUAAGGGAUCCUCUCCCAGGCCACCGCGUGCAAUCUCAACAUGUCUCAUUCGCAAACGUUGACUUUUAGAGUAUCGAUGGCAAGACUGAUUUAGAGGUUUCCCGUCUGUCAAUUUCACUGAUUCAGAUAUUCAGAUACUAUCGACUUCUUUCCGGCACGCUCUUGUGGGAAAUUUUCCUAAAAGCCGCCCGCCCCUAAUCGCGAUUUCGAAUGCUAUGGCGGCCCUAAGGUUUUCAAAUCCCUUUUCCAUCGAUCUUCUUCGACCGAACCUGAUUCUUUUUAAUUUCCAUUCUGACUCGGACUUUCAAUGACUUUGAGAUUAAAUAUUCUUUGGAUUACUACGGGUUUGCGAUGACCCUGACCCGAUGGACUCCAUCCUUCUCGGUCAAUUGCGAUUCACCACUGGCACCAGUUUGGGUGCCCUAGAGGGGUUGCAUGUUCACUUACACGACACCAGGUCACUUUUUCACAUUGCAGGUCUAUUAAGGAGACCACUUAUCACAGAUUCUCCAACUGCAAAUUUCACCAGACCAUCUACUGCCAGAUUUUGAGUUGAUAUUGAUGUCUCUAAAAUUUUACCCUCUAAAACAUGGAUUGGAAUUGGGGACAAAGGCUUCUUUUAACCCGUUCUGUACGAACAACCCCCAAUUUUCUGCAAUUCUUGCUCUCGUUUUGGCCACGAAUAAUCUAUAUGCCACCAGAAUGGUUUGAUUAGGGAAUCAGAACUGAUGCCUUUACAAGCUGAGGUCUUUGAUUCGAGUUCCCAAUUGUGGAUCUUCUUGUUGUUAAGGAUCCUAAUCACGUGGUUAAGGAUCAUGUUGUUGUUGCUUUUGUUGUUGAGUCAAUUGAGGCUUCUGCUACUUUUGAUACCUUUGCAGUUGAUACACAUAAAGCUGAUGCACAUGUUGAUACACUAAAUACCCCUGUUGUUGCCUAUGUUGAUACACAUAAUACCUUUGUUGUUGAGUCAAUCGAGGCUUUUGCUAUUUUUGAUACCUUUGUUGAUACACAGAUUGCUGAUGCACAUGUUGAUACACUAAUGCUGCCAAUUGUUGUUGCCUUUGUUGAUAUAGAGAGUACCUCUAUUGCUGCCAAUUUCACCAAUGAGGGUUUUCAGGUUCCUGUGGAUGCACAGGUUUUUAAACCCGAUGACUACCAGGUCCCUACACCGGAGACUUUUCGGGCACCUACUGAUGCAGCGCCAAAUGGCCCUGUCAUUUACCAGGUUACCACACAUGUUGAUCCUAAGUUUAAAACUGUUGUGAUUUUGAGCCCCCAGUUGACACAGUUGAUGACCAUACAAAAACUGCCCCUGAGGUUUUACAAAGUCCGGCAAGCUCUGGAGCUAACCAACCUCUGCUUACCUAUGAUGUACAGGUUGCGUUUGAUGAUAAUUAUGAAUGUGAAAUGAUACUUGACCCGUGUAAAUCUGGCAGAAUUGCCAGUGACUGAAACCUUGUUCUGAUUAAUGAACAAUCACAGAUGGCCACCUGUAACAAGGAGGUAACCGUUGGUGUAGUUCAUCCAGUGAUGAUGGUGCCCAUUGAUACUCACUUGAUUGAAGCCACUGCUGCCAACAGAAAACACACCACAAAUACCGAAGAUGAUGACCUUAUUUCUGAUCCCCCCGAAGUUGAUACUGCGGUAAACCACAAGUCCAGGUGGACUACUCUGACGGAUUCACGCAGGUGAAAAACAGGGAAAAAAACAAAGACCAAUUUCACGGCUCAAGAGGAACCCCAACUAUAUAAUGAGGUGGGAUACACAUCACACCCCAUGAUCACAAGAAGUCACUCCAAGAAUCCUUGUGAUGAAACCGACUACUUCCUAUACCCUAUCGACCCGAGGUUCGACUCACCACAUAAGCUAGCGACGGCUCUCAAGCUAGAGAUAUAAAUCAUCCAAACCGGAGGCCAGAACAUACCAACCCUAUCUGCAGAAGGCGAUUAAAUUCCAUAACAAAUUCAAUAGGGAUAUCUGAGCUACACUUGGAAUUCCUACAAGAAGUUUCAAUUGUUAAUGUAUCUCUUUUUUCUUUAAUCUUUCUCUUUCAACUCAUGUAUCUCUUAAUUUGUUGUAAUUUUAAAUAAUCAUAAAUAAAUUUGGGAAGUGUUCCCCGACAUUUCCCCCACCUAGUGUGAUUUGUUCCGGGACCAAAA